AUGGCCGAGCUGAGAUCCGCCGUCUACGUCGCACCGCCGAUUCCCAGCAAAGUUCCUGGCUCGAACGCAACCGCAACAUGGUCCCCAAUCUCAUGCACCCUCAUCUACUCGGCAAACGAAGCUGUCUUGGUAGACACGCCCAUCACUAUCAAGCAGACAGAGGAACUCAUUGCCUGGAUCGAGAACAUUGCACCAAAGCGGAAGCUCUCAUACAUCUACAUCACCCACGGCCACGGAGAUCACUGGUUCGGCAUACCUCUCCUGCUGAAGCGCUUCCCGGAAGCCGUCCCCGUCGCUACGGUGGGAACCAUCAAACACAUGGAGCAGCAGAUUGAAGAUGAAGUCUUCAGUCAAAUGUGGGAGGCCCGCUUCCCAGGCCAGAUCUACCGCCCCUUCACUCUCGCACAGCCUCUGUCCCCAAAGAGUGGUGGAACCUUCAAGCUCGAAAACCGGUGGGAGUUCAAAGCUAUUGAGUGUGGCCAUACUGACACCUAUGACUCAACCGUUCUCUGGGUCCCCGACCUUAGACUCGCCGUCUGCGGUGAUGUAGUCUAUGGGCAGUGCCACCAGAUGUUGAUGGAAGCCAACACGAAAGCCAAGCGCGAGGAAUGGAUCAGAGCAGUCGAAAUCGUUGAGGCACUUGAUCCUGCUUAUGUUGUGGCUGGUCACAAGAUGGCGGGUGAGACUGACGGAAUCUGGCACCUUGCUGCGACCAAGAAGUAUAUACAGGACUUUGGAAAGAUCCUCGAAAAGAACCCUAAGACUGAGAAGGAGCUGUUUGUGGAGAUAUUGAAGAUGUAUCCCGAGAGAUUCAACCCGGGAGCCGCGCGUUUGAGUGCCAUGGGUGCCUUCCAGGUUCCAAGGGAGUCACGUAUUUAG